AUGGAUUCAAAAAGUAGAACAAAAAUUGAUUUGGCAGACGAUGAAGAAGAACACGAAGCCUUUAUUCUGUUCGCAUUAGACCAUCAUUGGAAAGUGAAGGAAAGUAAGAAGCAUUUCAAUCGUUUACAAGUAAAAGAAGAAUUGAGAGAGUUAUGGAAUCAAGCUUCGGAACAAGUUAAAAAUCAUUAUUACUUGAUGGUUUUAGCAGGUAAGAAUAAUGACAACAAAGAAACGGCUUAUCCAAGGUCCGACGACAAAAAGCAUUCAUUAAGCGAACAACCUGAAGAACUGGCCAGUGGGACCAAGAAAAGAAAGCUCUCAGAGAAUGAUGCAAAUGAUGAGGUUGUGGAGACUCUUGUGUUCUGUGAUGAUAUUUUGAAAGAAAUCCUUCUAUUUUUGGAUGCUCCUGAUUUUGUGAAUUCUCAACCAUGGUUGGUGUGCAAACAAUGGAAUCAACUCUUUUUCAAGAACGAAAUGAACUUUGCACAACUCUAUUAUCAUUCGUAUUUUAAUUUGAAUGAACACCAAAAGAACAGUUUGCAUCGAAUGUUGAAAACAAAAAGCAUCAACUACAAGAAGGCCUUUUCAAUGUUGUUAAAUUGCUUCCAAGAUGAUUUCUCACGCCAUCAUGAACGCUUAUUGAGAACAUAUGAAACUACCAAAAAUCCAGAUCUCUUAACCCAAAUGAAAGAGCAUGUGGAAAAGGAACAGUACUUUACAAGCCCGAAAUCCUCGAGAGAAAUGACGACUAUACCAUUACCUAGAUACGCAAAGAUACGAAAAGGAUUUCUUUCUCACAAAAUUUUGAACAUUGUGAAAGAAAAUCUUUUCAGACAUGUAAAGAUUCUCAAUCGGCAAAAAGAAAAGCUUGAAGGAAGUGACUUCAAUUACAAAAAAACGACCACUGAUUGCCUUGCCUUUUUGUCCAAUGGUUAUCCUCUGGAAGUGAACAUUGUUUAUACGUAUGAGGCUACUGACGAUUCUAAAAACGUGUAUGAAAGUGUCAUUCUUUCUUUUGAUGACACAACGGUUUUUGAAAUUUCUUUUGACCGUAAUAACUUGGAACGAGAUGAGGUCUAUGAAGACUAUGACGGUAUGAAAUCGUUUGAAAAGAUUCUCAAAUUGAAAACAGAGAGGCCCAUGAAAGACAAUGAGUAUGUGUGUAUGGUUGUGAAUUGGUUGCAGUAUUUUGUCAAGGUACCCAUUCCAGGUGGCUAUUGGGAUUCUGACGAUAUCACGUUCGUUGAAAUUUCAUUUCACGAGGACCAUGACGAGAAAUCUGAUUAA